UACACAACCGCGUGUUGACCCGCUGCGGCUGUCUGUCCGGGCACGGCUGAUGAUCCCAGACUCGUCCCGUUUCAGCGUCGCGAGUACGGACACACGUCGCCGCACUUCUUCUUAGCCGCCUGACGAAGCUCUCGCCAUGAAUCAUGAGAAGCUUGCCAAGCUCCAGGCGCAGGUCCGGAUAGGUGGGAAGGGAACAGCCCGCAGGAAGAAAAAGGUUGUUCACAAGACGGCAACAGCUGAUGACAAAAAACUCCAGAGUUCUUUGAAGAAACUGGCAGUGAACAAUAUUGCAGGGAUAGAAGAGGUGAACAUGAUAAAAGAUGAUGGCACAGUGAUCCACUUCAACAACCCCAAAGUGCAAGCGUCUCUGUCCGCCAACACCUUCGCCAUCACAGGCCACGCUGAGACCAAGCAACUCACAGAGAUGCUGCCGGGCAUCCUGAGUCAGCUCGGAGCUGACAGCCUCUCCAGCCUGCGCAAGCUGGCAGAGCACUUCCCUUGGCAAGCAGCUGAGACAAAGGCAGUCAAGAUGGCCAAAGUUGAGGAAGAAGAUGAUGAUGUACCAGAACUUGUGGAGAACUUCGAUGAAGCUUCGAAGAAUGAGAAAAACUAACAACCCCCCUUUUUUUUCUUUUCUGCCGACCAUCUCGCCUCUUGUGGUAAAGGGCAUUCGUUUCCUGUUAACGGGAAACGGUUGUGUGUGUGUGUGUGUGUGUGUGUGUGUGUGUGUGUACACAAUAUAGACCUGCCCUAAAGCCUCUUCUCCGGAGACGUCGACCACGGUGUACCUGCCGUAAUAGCACAGCAUGCAGACACUGUGGGACCCCUCUCUGGCAGGCUGUGUGGAGUCACCUGGUGUGUGUGUGUGUGUGUGUGUGUGUGUGUGCAAAGUCUGGGAUGUGUGCAGCUGCUAACAUCUUGAAGGACUCUGCUCCAUUGGACACACUUCAGAAAUGCUCAAAACGCCGUUACGUCAUUAGUAUUUAAGAAAUCAUGUUUAUUAAAAUACAAUAAAGCCGAUUCAAUGAUUUUUCUUUUCUCAAA